UGUGUGGUUGUGGGUCGUAUCGGUCGUAUCGUGUGGCGAUUGAUUUGUGCGUCGUGGUCCUCGUCGAUUCGAGUAUAUAGUGGCCAUUAAACUGAGGAAGUUUUUUUUCUUCAACCUAUGAACCAUUCCCGUACGGUGUUAAUGGAUAGUGAAAACCAUCGAUACUGACAAGUAUAUCUUCAGAACGGUAUGCGUUAAGUCAGUUUUUGCAAUUUUAAUUACCACGGAUCACUUAAUAACUUGCUGCAGCUCGGGUGACCAAAGGUUGAAAUAUUCUGUGAUUUUUCUGUUGGUCUCAGCGAAUAGAUUGAUACCAACUAAUCACCUGCUAAGCUGAGCAAGCAAUAAAGUGCGAUCGGCGUGGAGAAGAAAACGGAGAAGCAUACCGAAGUUCGAUUAUACAAGUGCUGUGUCACCCUUCCGGUAGGGAACUGUGGCGGAUACGGUUUGUUCAAUUUUUUUGUCCGUAAUAAAUUUGAAUUUGAGCCGUAGAAGGCUAAGGAUUUGAAGGUUCAACAGUUGCAUUAGAAGUGGUAGCAAAAGAUGGCACCAAGUCUGAGCAAGAUUGCUUCUAAUCAGAACUUGGCAAUAGCAAUAGCAGGUUGUUCCGCCGCUACGUGGAUUAUCUUGUACGGCAAACAAAUUCACAAGGCACGCAAGCAGCGACCCGAGGAUGAAAUUCAGUACUUUAUCAGUGACAAGAAGGAAAAGCGAACAACCAAAGCGCACGUGAACUCACUGUUUUUUAAGCAGUUGCGCGCACUACUAAAAAUCGUUAUUCCUAAAAAAUGGAGCGCAGAAAAUGGACUGCUGUUGGUGAUUGCCGCCGCUCUCAUUGCACGAUCAGUCAGCGAUAUUUGGAUGAUCCAGAAUGCGACGGCUAUCGAAAGUACCAUCAUUACGAUGAACAAAGCACAAUUCCGUUCCUCACUGGUCAAGUACCUGUCCGCUUUGCCGGCUAUCGCAGUGGUUAACAACGUACUGAAGUGGAGUAUUGGUGAACUAAAACUUAGAUUUAGAACGAAUCUAUCACAAUAUUUAUACUCAGAGUACCUGAAAGGGUUCACCUAUUACAAAAUGUCCAACCUGGACAACCGAAUAGCUAACGCUGACCAGCUGCUGACGACCGACAUCGACAAGUUCUGCGAUAGCGUUACCGAUUUGUACUCCAACAUUUGCAAACCACUGCUGGACAUUGUGAUAUACGUGUACAGAUUGACGGCCAACCUGGGCGGAACGACGCCCGGUAUCUUACUUUUGUAUCUAUUUUUCUCCGGGGUGUUCCUGACCAAUUUGCGCAAACCGACUGGUCGGUUGACGGUAAUGGAACAGAAACUGGAGGGAGAAUUCCGGUUCGUUAACAGUAGGCUUAUUACCAACUCCGAAGAAAUCGCUUUCUACAAGGGAAACAAUCGAGAAAAACUCACGAUUCUGGCUAGUUUCAACAAACUGAUGGCCCAUUUGAGAAAAUUCCUGGAGUUCCGCGUCGGCAUGGGAAUUGUCGAUAAUUUGGUUGCCAAGUAUAUUGCAACGGUAGUCGGAUUCUAUGCCGUCUCGUUGCCGUUCUUCGAACCCAAUCACCCGCUGCUGACUGGUCCCAACGCUGGGGACCGUUUAAGCAAAUACUACACAUUCGGAAGAAUGUUGGUCAAACUGGCGGAAGCCAUUGGGCGAUUGGUUUUGGCUGGUCGUGAAAUGUCCCGACUGGCUGGUUUCACGGCCCGCAUGACCGAACUGACGGUGGUACUGAAGGAUUUAAAUGCCGGUCGUUACGAACGAACUAUGGUAACUAAUUCUAGCGUGGCGGAUGCCGAAAUCGGUGUAGGCAAGGGGUUGCUCAAGUUCCAGGAUAACAUUAUCAAGUUUGAGCACGUACCACUGGUGACACCGAACGGUGAUGUGCUGGUGAAGGAUUUGAACUUUGAGGUGAAAUCUGGCAUGAAUGUGCUGGUCUGUGGACCGAACGGGUGUGGCAAAAGCAGUUUAUUCCGUAUUCUCGGCGAGCUGUGGCCAACGUGGGGUGGAAAAGUGACAAAACCACCGGCUGGAAAACUUUUCUACAUACCGCAAAGACCGUAUAUGACGUUAGGAACGUUGAGGGAUCAGAUAAUCUACCCCCACACGCAUCAGGAAAUGAAACGACGAAGCAAGACAGAUGCCGAUCUGCUGGAUUACCUGGAGCUGGUGCAGCUGACCUACCUGCAGGUGCGCGAGAAAGGUUUAGACGCCAUUGAGGAUUGGAUCGAUGUUCUCUCCGGUGGCGAAAAACAGCGCAUAGCGAUGGCCCGUCUUUUCUAUCACAAUCCACAAUUCGCCAUUUUGGACGAAUGUACCUCAGCCGUUUCGAUGGACGUCGAAGGAAGCAUGUACGAGUACUGUCGGAAGGUUGGCAUCACUCUGUUCACCGUGUCGCAUAGGAAGUCAUUGUGGAAACACCACGAUUACUAUCUGCAAUUCGAUGGCCACGGUGCGUACGAUUUUGCCAAGAUAGACGGUACCGAGCAGCAGUUCGGCUCGUAAUCGCACAACCGGCCGACAAGAGUGAACCAGUUCAGGAGAGGGUGGAAUGUACAGUUAGGGAGAUACAAGAAAGAGGUGCCGGAAACCAACUUGGGUGUAUUAAAAUGGAAGAACGAAAGUUUAGGCUAUUUCAUGGUGUUUCUUUCCAAUAUGUAAAAGAAUUUUGCAGCAAAAUGACUUGUUUUUAUUUUGUAUAGUGGAAACUGACUAUGUUUAUAAUAAAAUGAUUACCAUAACGGAAGAAUACAAAAU